AUGACCUCCUGGGAGCUCUCCAGGACACACUCCCAGUUCCACCACUCUCCAGGACACACUCCCAGUUCCACCACUCUCCAGGACACAGUCCCAGCUCCACCACUCUCCAGGACACACUCCCAGUUCCACCACUCUCCAGGACACACUCCCAGUUCCACCACUCUCCAGGACACACUCCCAGUUCCACCACUCUCCAGGACACACUCCCAGUUCCACCACUCUCCAGGACACACUCCCAGUUCCACCACUCUCCAGGACUACCACGAGGAGAAACACAAGGCCGAGGCCCUACUGUACCAGAUACUACCACAUUCUGUGGCGGAGCAGCUGAAGCGCGGGGAGACGGUCCAGGCGGAGGCCUUCGACUCGGUCACCAUUUACUUCAGCGACAUCGUGGGCUUCACCGCCAUCUCUGCUGAGAGCACGCCCAUGGAGGUGGUGACGCUCCUGAAUGACCUGUACACCUGCUUCGACGCCAUCAUCGACAACUUCGACGUUUACAAGGUGGAGACCAUCGGCGACGCCUACAUGGUGGUGUCGGGGCUGCCCAUGCGGAACGGGAAGCUCCACGCGCGGGAGAUCGCCCGCAUGGCGCUGGCGCUGCUGGACGCCGUCAGCUCCUUCCGCAGCCGCCACCGGCCCGAGCAGCAGAUCCAGCUCCGCGUCGGGGUCCACACCGGUCCAGUGUGUGCGGGGGUUGUGGGUCUGAAGAUGCCACGUUACUGUCUGUUUGGAGACACCGUGAAUACCUCGUCACGCAUGGAGUCAAACGGAGAGCCCCUGAAGAUCCACGUGUCCUCGGCCACCAGAGAGGUGCUGCAGGACUUCAGCAGCUUCCAGCUGGAGCUCCGCGGGGACAUCAGCGUCAAGGGCAAGGGCAGCAUGACCACCUAUUGGCUGCUGGGAGAGAGUGACAGCCAAUAGGACGCCAGCGCGAGAACCCCGGGACGAGAGAGCCCCGGGCGCAGAGGGAACGUGAGGGGAGAGAGAGAGAGUCCUGGUGGAGGGGGCAGGAGUGGGGGGGGGCUCCUAGCUGCUCCCCAUCCAGACUGGUUUUCGUAGGGUCACGACCCGGGGGUCGUGACCCUACGACCUUUCAGUGGCGCGACCCCGCAACCUGCAGAGGCCUGAGGGGUUCUGAGGUCGGAGGGGGGGUCGUCCCGUGGGUCGCUCCGUCAGCGUUCGCAGAGGGCUGGGAAACCCUGGCGUCAUACUCGGACGGCUCCAUCCAAGACACAAACAAAGAAUUCCCCGAGCUUCAGCGCUCCACGGUGAACGCUCGCCAGCUCCACCCCCCACUCGAUUCUUUCUUCGUACCCUCGUUCUCCGGCCGUGUGAAACCGAGCGUCCUGAUACCUGAUACCUGUGUACUGCGCUGCGUGUGAAGGGCGUGGCUCCGACCAGCCCCCCUGUGGAGCCCGGUUCUGAGAGGGGCCCCAGAGGGUUGGUGUCCGGCGGAUCAACGGCUCGUUGCCCCCGGGGGGGAACGCUCUGCGCCGCGCUCGUCCUCUGCCCCCCUUCUGGACGCACUGGGACCCCCCGGAUGGUGCGGUCGUCACGGAGACAGCGUGCAUCAUAACGUUGUUGUAUUACAGUUCGUCGCCCCAAAUCGCUCACACAUCCUCCUCGCCUUCCCGUAGUCCCUGGUAGGGCCGGAAAGGGGGUGCCCCCCGCCUCGUCCGGGCUGUAGCGGGGCGUGGCUAGCUGGGUGGCACAACCAAUAGAAGCAGGCUUAGAUGUAGGGAAAAGGAACACCCUUCAGGGGUAGGAACCCACCCAUCCCGGCUCCAACACCCGGCUCCUCCUCGCUGAGUUUCGAGGUGUCCCUGAGCAAGACAGCUCCCCCUCUCUGCUCCUGACGAGCUGGCUGUCGCCCUGCGUGGUUGACUCGGCCGUCAGUGUGCGCAUGUGUGUAUGAAAGGAUGUAAGUCGCUUUGGAUAAAAGAGUCAGCAAAAUCCCCUAAAAGAAAAAGGAAAUGUAUCCAACUCCUGAAGUCCUCCGUAGGUGGCUGGGAUGAGUGACCUCAUGACGUUGUGGGGAUCUUGACAAACCUCCAGGUGCUCUGUCGAGGGCGUGUAUAGGUGGUCUAUGUAGUCAGUCUAUGCAUCGUAACCUGUAGACAGACAUUCACUCACUGGACUGAUGACUAAUGAGGGAUAAAGGUUCAACCAUUUAAACCGGUGGUGGAAUGAUAUCAUUAACUAUUUUUUUCAAAGGCAUCCCUCAUCAUCAUCAUCAUCAUCAUCAUCAUCAUCAUCAUCAUCAUCAACAGAACCCCCCCCCCCCCCCUCGUCUGGAUCAAGGUUCGACCCAGCAGCUACCUCCGUUGACGCUACGCUAGGUGAAACGCUACGCUAAUUGUUGAUAGUCUUACCGAGGCACGGAGCGGAUAGGAGCCAUCGCCGGUCACCUGCGGCGUGGGGCGGUGGGCUCUAGCGCGGCGAUCAGCGGACGGUUCCUGUGGCGUGGGGCGGUGGGCUCUUGCGCGGCGAUCAGCGGACGGUUCCUGUGGCGUGGGGCGGUGGGCUCUAGCGCGGCGAUCAGCGGACGGUUCCUGUGGCGUGGGGCGGUGGGCUCUAGCGCGGCGAUCAGAGGACGGUUCCUGUGGCGUGGGACGGUGGGCUCUAGCGCGGCGAUCAGCGGACGGUUCCGCCGUGUGUUCGCUAGAGGAAGGGUCCGGCCGAAGGUUUUGCUCCCUAGUUUUAGUCAUGUGGUAGAAAAACUCUAAAUAUACGAGUGGGUCGAGUGUCGUGGUGCGUUCUGAGGUGCGUAGGCAGAGGGAGGCCCUCGACGCCCCUGGGGCCGUCGUGACGUCCUGUGUUUUGUACUGCUGUGUCAUCUCUCCUCUUUUUGAAAUAAAACUCAUCAACACCA